UAAUGACCUAAUAUAUUUGUAAAAAAAAUAAUAUGUCAAUGUCAGUCAAUAAUAAAUAAAGUGUAGUGACGGAAUUGUUUGGUUUUGUGCUUUAAUUAAAAAUUUCCUUCUGUUAGUCAGUAAAAUCUCCUAUAAAGUGAUAUAUCCUUAAUCCUACAAAAACCUUUAUUGCUAAUUCUUUGCGACAACAAAGUAAUCAAAAAUGGGUGAACGCAAGGGCCAGAAUCUUUACUAUCCCCCCGACUACGAUCCAAAAGUCGGGGGUUUGAACAAAUUCCUGGGCACCCACGCUUUGAGAGAGCGGGCAAGGAAACUCCACAUGGGUAUCCUUAUAAUUCGUUUUGAAAUGCCAUAUAACAUCUGGUGUGACGGCUGCAACAACCACAUCGGCAUGGGCGUGCGGUACAACGCAGAGAAGACCAAGAUUGGCAUGUAUUACACCACUCCGGUGUAUCAGUUUAGAAUGAAGUGCCAUCUGUGUGACAACCAUUUUGAAAUCAAAACAGAUCCUGGGAAUCUGGACUAUGUGAUUGUAUCAGGAGCAAGACGGCAGGAGAACAGAUGGGACCCCACAGAGAAUGGCCAAAUUGUCCCGGAGACAAAGGAGACACAGAAGAAGCUUUUUGAUGAUGCUAUGUUCCGCUUGGAACACAAAACAGGAGAUGAAGAUGCAGCUAAACAGGACAAGCCGAGGCUUGGCCGCCUGGUCGGCAGGAACGAGUCUGUGUGGAAGGAUGACUACGAAGCUAACUGCUCACUCAGGAGGAAUUUUAGAAAACGCCGAAAAGAACUCGAAGAAUCCGCAGUCAACGACAGCCUACUCCUCGCCAGAUCGUCUCUGGACAUCAACCUUCUACCAGAAUCAGAAGAAGACCGUCACAUGGCGACCCUGCUCUCCCUUCGACCUUCAAAAAGUAUAGAAGAGAAACAAACCUCAACAAGAAGUAAAAUACUCAACAGUCCCGCUUUACCAAGCUCUAGUGGGCUGCUAACUAGUUUUGGAGGGUUGAAGAAAGAAGAAUCUUUGAGUAAGAAUGCCAGUUUUACUAGAAAUGCUCUGGGGAUUAUGAUUAAAAAAAAGAAGAUUGAAAAUAAUGUUGUCGAGAAAGAAGUUGAAAAUAGUGAUGAUAACGGGAUAUUAAUUACUAAAGAACAGAAAGAUACUGAAGUGGUAUCAAAAGAAAACAAUGUUAUAAAAAACGUAUUUAGCAAAGAUGAGACUUUAGUGAAAGAAAAAAUAGGCGAUAAACUUGAUCUUGCAAAAGGAGAAAUUAAUGCCAAAAAUCAGAUUAUAAAUAAGAGUGAAGAGUUAAAUGAUGUUAAUUGUAAAAUAUUUAAAGAUAGGGAAGAAAGUGAGUUUAAAGUUGGACAUGGAGAUGAUAAACGCAUUUUAGAUGAUGUAAAAGAUGUGAAAGUAUCUUUGGUGGGUGAUUAUAGUUCUAGUGGUGAUGGUGACUCAGAUUGAAACAAAACCUCCGAUCCAAUUUAUAAAGAUAUAUUAUUAUAGACAGUUGUAUGUUUAUAUUUAAAAUGCUUUAAUGUGACAAAUUGCCAUCAUAUAUAGUUCGUUUUUUUAGCAUUAGAUUUUUCUUUACCUUACCUUUUUAGCUAAUCUUGACAUGUCUAUUUAUUGAUAAACGCUUUUUUAAUAUCAGUAACUAUUACUUAUGACAGCAAAAGAAUGUAAAUGUUCGUAUAUGAUUUAUAAUUGUUAAAUAUUUGCCGUGACUUAUUUUUGUAAAGUGUUUUUCGAUAAAAAAGACACGUCAAAAUCGCUUACCUUUCGUUCUAAUCCUAAAAACGGGCUAUAAUAAGUAUUAUGCUGCAUUAAUAAAAGUAUCCCCGCUACCAAAAAAAGUUUUUAUAUGCCUUAGAAGACUCAUAUUUCAAACAAAGUUUUAUAAUAUGCUACUAUGAGUUCAUAGUUGAUAGUGUAAAAUUAAGUAAGUAUGCAUUUAGCUAUAUAUUAUUUGGUAACUGCUACCAAAGAGAAUUUGAAAUAGAGGUGUAUUGUCAAAGAAAACUUUGUAGCGACGUAAUUUUACUACCAUCUUUCGAUACAUAAUUGAAACUUUUAGAACCAUUUGACUUUGAUCCUUAUAGGGAGAGUGCAUGAACUGUAGGAGGCAGCACAGGAGCCGUCAAAUUUUUGGCGCGAGGCGUAAAAUCUGAUGUUUAUUGUUCCGAUGUAGCCCACAAGAUGGCAGAACCUACUAUGCACAAGAAACACGUGACGUGUAAAUGUACAUGUUUAUAGUUUCGAUUCAGGCCACAAGAUGGCAGACCCUCCAACGCGCACGGUCCCUAUUCUUUCACUGAUAUGUGUUCAAUUUGUUAAAUAUCAAAAAGUGGCGUCAUCUAAUAGAUCAGAGGCCAAAGGUGCUUUACCUUUGCAUCGCAUCGUUUCGAGCGAUGGCGCCAUAACCUUUAGGUAGUGCCCCGUGAGAUGGCGCCACUUUUUGAUAUUUAACAAAUUCAACACAUAUCAGUGCAAGUAUAACGAUCAAAGUCAAAUGGCGUUCUAAAAGUUUUAAUUAUGUGUCGAAAGAUGGCAGUAAAAUUACGUCGCUACAAAGUUUUCUUUGACAAUACACCUAUAUUUCAAAUUUUCUUAGCUGCUACUUACCAUGUAUAACAUUGAAUAUACAAUGUAAUAUAUAAAAAAAUAAAACAAGUUGUAUUUAUCA